GUUUGUCGAGCUCGAGGUUUGUGCGUAGUUUUAGCGGAGCCCAGAGCGGAGGAUCAAGAGGCUGGAAGAACGAGACCCCCCAGGGAUCCAAAACUGAGGUGUUUGUUUACAGUCCUGAAUCCAACAUUACCUGGCCAGACCCUCAACUAGGGGUUCUAGGUUCAUCAGAUCCAUUUUUUACAUUUCCCGGUCAUAUAGGCUGUAGUUUGACGGGUCAACUACCAGAGAAGAGUUCUCCUUUAAAACCGGUUCAACCAGAUAUAUUAACAGCUCCAACUAACAAGGAGACCCAAGUACACGCUCUGUACAACGCCAGCGAUUACAUCAAGUACACUCCAGGUUCUGAAUCCCUGGUCUGCGCAGAUAUACUAGAUGAGUAUCCUAAAAUAGUUGGGAUGGAGUCCGUUCAGUUUGGAGUACAUGAUACUCCACUCCUUCUCAGAAAGGAGAUGAAAGCCCUAUUCCCGUCCCAGAAUAUUGACAACGGAAAUUUUACAACAAUUACAUACAGUCAGAAAACUGAGAAUGAUAUGAGUAAAUGGUCUGACCAGGUUGAAGAUGAAAGAGAGAAGAAAAUGGAAUCCUUUGUCCAGGCUGCUAAAGAGAUCUGUGCUAGACUGAAGGAGGAUGGAUUCUGGGCUGAUUUCCUAGAUCCGUGCUCCGGUACUCCUUACUACGGUGUUCACACAAACACUACAAUGUUUGAGACUGAUGAGAAGUUUCGUCUCCUUGGAUUCAGAAUCGAGGAUCUGGGCUGCUGCAAGGUUAUUCUUCAUCCCAAGUAUGGACGAAAUGUUUUCGUCGGCUGUAUCGUCACAAAUGCGGGGAAAAACAGUCCCGUACUUGAGGAAAUUCUAGAGGACAUUGUUUAAGAAGAUCGCUUGGUGGAUUUUCUUGUUUCCCCCGAGGAUUUUCUGAGACAACUUUUGCGGAUUUACAAGAACAGUAAUUAACCCGAUUUUAGAUAGAUGGGUUUAGUUCAAUUAUAAUUCAUUCUGGGGAUUAAAACCAUAAAAAGUUAAAAAUUUAAA